AUGCCAAUUUGCUUUAAAAGAUGCUAUUUGGUGCUGGCUAAAAAGUUAAUGCAGUGUGAUUUGACCGCAAAAUCGAACAGCAAAAGUUUGACCAAACUCAGCCAUAUUCUGUGUCUCUACAAGAAUUUGACACGUCUCACCAGAAAUACUUCAUGUACAGCUCAAAUAUUACAAGCCACUCUGAUUGGAGCAAAAACCUUCUUGGCUAACUUUCUCAAGUUAAUCCGAUUUCUUGGAAAACACAUUAAGGAAAAUCAAGAAAUUGUACUCACUAUUUUCAAACACUUGAGAAAUGGUAAUUCACAACUGCAAUCCAUCUGCAUUGAUCGAAAGUUAGCUCUCAAUAAGAGUUUGGCAAAAAUUAUUCCCAAAGUGAAGAAAGAUUUAGAGAGCUGCAAUUGUAAAACAAAAGCUGCACUCAAAGUGAAUGGCAUUGAUGGAGCCCUCGUGAUUCAAGUCGUUUCAGAGAAAGAUAUUACAGGAAAUGCAGCAUCAAGUCAGCACUAUUAUUCACAAUUAAUUGUUGACAAGAAGAAAAAAGGACAUCCAUCCAGUGAUCAAGAAGAACAAGACGAUCAAGACUUUGACAAAGAACAAACCAAAAAGAAACGAAAGUCUACAAAAAAGACAAAAAAGAAGACUGAUGACAAUCAGGAAGGUGCUGAUGAUGGUGAAGAAGAACAAGAAAAAAAGAAAACCAAGAAGGAUAAAAAAGAAUCUUCUUCCAAAAAGAAGCGGAAAAAGCCAUUGAAUGAGGAAGAAGAUGUUGAAGACGAUGCAAUGAUGAUGAUUGAGGAAAAACAAGAGAAAAAGAAGAAAAAGAAGAGUGAAUCUUCUCUCUCUCAUGAAGAGUCUUCAAGUGCCAUAAAAAAGAAAUCCAGCAAGCAACCCUCCAAUUCCAACACGAAAAUGAGAUCAAAAGAAUCACACGAUCCAGAGGAAGAUGCUUUUUUGGUGGAUGAAAGAUUGUCAGAUCAAGAGGCUCCAACUGAACAAAGUUUGGCACCACAUAGUCCUGAAUAUCCUCCAUCUCAUCACAAGGAAACUAGUUCCAAAUCAAAAGCAAAGAAGUUAAUUUCUGUGCUUGACGAUGAUGAUGACAAUAAUGAGGAUGAUGAAUACAUGUCUGAUGAUUCAUUGGCAGAUUUUAUUGCCUUUGAGAAUAAUACUGAAAAAAGCAAUUGGUUCUCUAAGAAGAAGAAGAAGAAGGACAAUGAAAGUGAAGAUGAUACCGAAGAUUCCAAUCAUUCAGCCUUUGAUGUCACCAAAUCUCUUUCAGACGACAUGGAUGAGGAUGACGAUUUUGUUGUGAAUGACAACCAGGAGGAGGAAGAAUAUUGA